CUAGCCGCUGCUAGCCGCUGCUAGCCGCUGCUAGCCGCUGCUAGCAGCUGCUAGCCGCUGCUAGCCGCUGCUAGCUAGCUUCGUCUCCGUCAUAAAGCGGUCCCGGCGAGCGGACGGACAGACGGACGGCGGUGGGAUGCGCCAUGGCUUCGGUUCGGGUGGCGGUCCGUGUCCGGCCCAUGAACAGGCGGGAGAAGGAUUUAACUGCAAAAUGCAUCGUGAAGAUGGAAGGAAACGACACCUGCAUCAGCAACCUGCGGCUGCCAGAGGGCGUUUCCGGGGAGACGACGAGGGAGCGAACCAAGACCUUUACCUACGACUUCUCCUACGACUCGUCGGACAGCAAAGGCUCCACAUUUGUGUCGCAGGAAAAGGUCUUUAAAGAUUUGGGCUCCGACGUCCUGAAAGCUGCGUUUGAGGGCUACAACGCCUGCGUCUUUGCUUAUGGUCAGACCGGCUCGGGGAAGUCCUACACCAUGAUGGGCGCCCCGGGCGACGCAGGUCUGAUCCCGAGGAUCUGUGAAGGCUUGUUCAGUCGUAUCUCUGAGGCCACUCGAUGGGAUGAAGCGUCAUUUCGUACUGAAGUCAGCUACCUGGAGAUCUACAACGAGAGGGUGAGAGACUUGCUGAGGAGGAAAUCCACGCAGACCUACAACCUGAGAGUCCGAGAGCACCCAAAGGAAGGGCCGUAUGUGGAAGAUCUGUCCAAACACCUGGUGCAGAACUACAGUGACAUCGAGGAGCUGAUGGAGGCCGGCAACAUCAACCGCACCACCGCCAGCACCGGCAUGAACGACGUCAGCAGCCGCUCACACGCCAUCUUCACCGUCAACUUCACGCAGGCCAAGUUCGAUGCAGAGAUGCCCAGCGAGACGGUCAGUAAGAUCCACCUAGUGGAUCUGGCCGGCAGCGAGCGGGCCGACGCCACCGGCGCCACCGGAGUCCGACUGAAGGAAGGAGGAAACAUCAACAAGUCGCUGGUGACUCUGGGCAACGUCAUCUCUUCUUUAGCCGACAUGACGCAGGACGGCGUCAACACCAACAUGAAGAAGAAGUCUGUGUUUGUGCCCUACAGAGACUCUGUGCUCACCUGGCUGCUGAAGGACAGUCUGGGGGGAAACUCCAAGACCAUCAUGAUCGCCACCAUUUCCCCCGCUGAUGUGAACUACGGUGAGACCCUGAGCACGCUGCGAUACGCAAACCGGGCCAAGAACAUCAUCAACAAGCCCACCAUCAACGAGGACGCCAACGUCAGGCUGAUCCGGGAACUGCGGGCUGAAAUCGCCAGACUCAAAGCUCUGCUGGUUCAGGGCAACCAGAUUGCUCUCCUGGACUCGCCCACUGCUCUGAGCAUGGAGGAGAAGCUGCACCAGAACGAAGCCAGAGUCCUUGAACUGACUAAGGAAUGGACCAACAAAUGGAACGAGACGCAGAACAUCCUGAAGGAGGAGACUCUGGCUCUGAGAAAAGAGGGCAUCGGUGUGGUGCUGGACUCAGAGCUGCCUCAUCUGAUCGGCAUCGACGAUGACCUCCUCAGCACCGGCAUCAUUCUCUAUCACCUGAAGGAGGGACAGACGUUUGUGGGAAGAGAAGAUGCCUCCACUGAGCAAGACAUUAUCCUGCACGGUCUGGACCUGGAGAGUGAGCACUGUAUGUUUGAGAACCAGAACGGUACCGUGACUCUGGUGCCGCUCGGUGUGGCUCAGUGUUCUGUUAACGGGCUUCAGGUGUGUGAGCCGCUGCAGCUCAACCAAGGUGCCGUUAUUCUGCUCGGUAGAACAAACAUGUUCCGCUUCAACCAUCCCAAGGAAGCUGCCAAGCUGAGGGAGAAGCGUAAGAGCGGCCUCCUGUCCACGUUCAGCCUGUCCAUGAGCGACCUGUCCAAGUCCUGUGACAACCUGUCUGCUGUGAUGCUCUAUAACCCCGGUCUCUUCACUGAGAAGGGCCCCGUCUUCCUCAGGUUGGAGUUUGAGAGGCAGCAGCGAGAAGAGCUGGAAAAGUUGGAGAUGAAACGGAGGCUCAUCAAGGAGAUGGAGGCCAAGCAGCAGAGUGAGAAGGCAGAGCUGGAGCGUCUCCAACAGGAGGUGGAGAGUCAGCGCAAAGAGUCCGAGGAGGUGCAGCAGCGGAUCCUGUGUCAGGAGGAGAGCCUCCGCCGCCGCAGCCACGACAUCGAGAGCCGCCUGCGAGACUUCCUGGCAGAGAAGGAGCGCUUUGAUGAGGAGAGACGCUCAGAGGUCCAGGGGCUGGACCAACAAAGAUGGCAGCAGGGGCGCGAAGCAGAAGACAAGGAGGAGGAGCAGCAGCGGCGACAGGAGGCCUCAGAGCAGACCGAGAUCUACCGUGAGCUGAAGAGACUGAAGAGGGAGCGGGAGGAGCAGCAGGUUCGUCUAGAGACUGAGCGGCGGCGGCUGGAGGAGCAGGAGCGGGAGCAGCUGAGUGUUGUGGGGAGGCUGGAGGAGCAGCUCAGGGAGAAACAUGAGGCAGCCGCCACCCUGCUGGCCCGGGAGGAGCUUCACCGCCUGGAGGAGGAGCGCAGAGCGCUGGCUGAGAUCAGAGAAGCCCUCCUCCGAGCCAAAGAGGCUGGGGAGCGGCUGAGCACAGAGGAGGCCUGCGAGGAGGCGAGGGCGUCGCAGGCGAGAUACAAGGCCUUCAAGACGACUCAGGUGAAGGAGCUGGGCCAGCUGGAGGAGGAGCUCCGACUGCAGAAGGAGGGCCUGGAGAAGGAGGUGGCCGCCGAGCGUAGUCAACUGCUGCUCCUUGCCCACAGCCUCAGGGAACAGGACGCAGCCGCUGUCUGCCAGGAGGAGCAGCUGCUCCGACAGGCGGAGCACAGGCUGCAGUUUAAGGAGCGGCAGCUGGCCAAGAUGGCCGACAGCCUCCUCCCUGCGCUGGCCGAGGAAAAGCAGAGGGCUGCCGAGAUGCUGGAGCGCAGCGGAGGAGGCUCCAACGGGAACUGCGACGCUCCUCCAGGACUGGACAACACCCUGUACCAGGUGGAGAGGGAGCUGGAGGACAAAGAGGAGAAGCUAAACCUCCACUGGCUCCAUGCUCAGCAGCUCCAGCAGCUCCAGGAGACCUACGAGUUCACCGCCAACGUGGCUCGGCAGGAGGAGAAGGUGAGGAGGAAGGAGAAGGAGAUCCUGGAGGCCAAGGACAAGCAGCAGAGGGAGGCCAUGGAGCAAGCGGUAGCCCGGCUGGAGAGAAGGCACUCGGCCCUGAGACGCAGCUUCUCCCAGGAGCUCUGCACCGAGGAGCAGACGCACAGGAGCUCGACCCAAAGCAACCGGAAGAACCAGAGGAUGGGGGCGGAUCUGGACCAGCACAGGUCAGGGCAACACACACAGACAGAUGUGGGACACGAGACAGGUGAGUGUGGCUCACUGUUCUCGUUCAGGGUGGAGCGAGAGAUCAAAAAGCUCAGACAGAGAAUCAGUGAAGGAGAAGAAAACUGGAGUCACUCGGUCGGUACCGAGGACAAGACGAGUUCUCCCGUCAGUCACAUCCAGAGUCUGAACACGCCGCUGCCACUGUCGGACGACCGGAUCAACGCGUACAUUGAGGAGGAAGUCCAGCGACGAAUGCGGAAUCUGAACCUGCUGAACGGUGGCGGCGGUAGCAGCACAGACCUGACUCUGACCAGGGAGUCACUGAGGGAGGACGAGGACAUCAGCAACUGUAGCUCUGUUCGAUCUACAGACGAGGAUGAGGAAACGCUGAAAACCAAAAAUCCAAGCAGGUUGAAAUAUGAGCUCGUGGCGACGAGCAGCGAUGGCCUCCAGUCUGUCAAAGUCUGCAUUCCUCGCUACGUCCUUCGCGGGCAGGGAAAGGACGAGCACUUUGAGUUUGAAGUGAAGAUCACUGUAAUGGACGAGACCUGGACCGUGUUCAGGCGUUACAGCCGCUUCAGGGAGAUGCACAAGAACCUCAAGCUAAAAUACCCCGAGCUUGCAGCUCUCGACUUUCCUCCUAAGAAGCUGUUUGGAAACCGUGAUGAGCGGAUGGUGGCCGAGCGCCGGAACCAGCUGGAGCGGUACCUGAGGAGCCUGUUCCAGGUGAUGUUGUCUUCGUCCAGCUCUCCUCUCCGAACCCAUGCUGACGGCGGCCUCCAUCUGUCCAAAGGCGCCAUCUGCGAGUUCUCCUCCUUCUUCAAGAAGGGCGUGUUCGAGCACAGCAGCCACGGCACCGGCUGACCCAGCCGUGGUCCUGAAACGUCCCCUAGAAAUUAACCCGGGCUGCGGUCUGGAAGUAGCUCCAGAGGGAAGGUUCUGUUUGAAGAACCCAUGAAACUCUAAUCUUGUAACGUCACAUGAUCAGUUUUGCUUCAACGGAUGGUGAACAACUAAUUCAAGGUUUGAUGAUUCUGGGCCAGUUUGAUGCCGAGGCUCCAGACCUUCACUGUGAUGCUGCUGCUCUAUUGGUACGUGAAAUGUGCCUGAAGCUCCACGUUUCCUUUGCUUAGUUUAGUUGUUUAACCCGAUUCUCCAGCUACAGCUAAACUAAACGUUGGGGCUUUGAUUGGAGGGACUCUGAUCCCGUGCCGUUCAGGUCACUGGUGGCUUUAUUGGAUUUGCUAUUAAACAGCAGCAUGUGCAUUAAAAUGAACCAGCAGCUUCCUGAAGGUUUGUGUUGUAGGAUUCCACCAUUCCAGAUUAAAGCAGCUAAGAAACUGACUCGCAGAUGAUUCACGUCACAUACAAUUUUUAUUUUAGUCACAGAAGUGAACAUGAGUCUUCCACAUCACGACUAUUGACCAUGUUUAUAAAUAUUAAUGUACUUUUGUAGAUUGUAUGAAUGUCAGUAAAGAACCAGAAGAGUG